AUGCUGCUCGCCGUGUGCAGCGCGCCGGCCCUGCAUUCGGGCCGCCUCCACGUCGUCCUCGGCGGCUCCGUCCUCCCCCACCCGGCAAAGGCGGACAAGGGCGGCGAGGACGCCUUCCUCUUUGACGACAAGCGCUGCCUCUUCGGCGUGGCCGACGGCGUGGGAGGGAGUGCAAAGAACGGGGUCGACCCGGGCGCCUUCUCGCGCGAGAUGCUCGAGCGGUGCCACCAGGCAGCCGCCUGCGGCGUGGCGGACGCCCUCCCCGACGCGCUGAGGCUCGCGUCCGAGUGCCCGCUCAGCGGCGGCGGAGGGAGCAGCACCCUCGUGCUGGGCCAGCUCGAGGAGGGCACGAGCACGCUGCGCCUCCUCAACCUGGGCGACUCGGGCGCGAUGGUCCUCCGCCCGGCGAUGCGCGAGGUCUCGGGCACCGACGCCAAGCAGCUCUGGCCUCGCGUCGUUCUCCGCACGCAGGAGCAGACCCACGGCUGGAACUGGCCGUACCAGACCCGCGCCCGCACCUUUGACGCCGUCGGCAAGGAGGUUGACGAGGUGAGCACGGCCGUGCGCGAGGGAGACAUCGUCCUGGCGGCGAGCGACGGCGUGUUCGACAACCUGUUCGAAGACGCGCUGCAGUUCCUCGUGGCGGAGCGGCUCGACGCGCUGCGCGAUCCCGACCCCCUCGCCGCUCAGGCCGCCGCCGACGCGCUCGCGCAAAACAUUGCCGAGCAGGCAAAGGCGAUUGGCGGCAUGCGCGACCUCAAGACCCCCUUCAGCGAGGCGGCGCAGGAGGAGGGGCGGAGCCACAAGGGGGGCAAGGUGGACGACGUGGCGGUGGUGUGCGGCGUCGUCCGCUCCGGCGCCCGCCCGCCCCUCCGCCUCGGCCACAACUUCGGCGGCGCACCCUGUGUCAGCGAGGAGCGGCCGGUCGUCACGCACAGCGGCGCCUUUGUGCCGCCGGGGGAGAGGACGCGGGACGCGGCGCCGGCGGUGGGGGAGAGGACGCGGGACGCGGCGCCGGCGGCUGAGGUGCAGAGGCGCAACACGCGCGACGCCUUCUCGCGCGCGCAGCGCACGCUGCCGCCCGCGCUGUCCGAGGCGGAGGCGGCCGCCGCCCUCGAGCACGGGAUGCCGCUCGCGUGGCUCGACCUCCCGCGCAACCGCGGGCCCGAGCGCAAUGCCGACGCACGUGACGGAACUUUUUUCGUGUUUCCUCUCUCAAACGUCGCACAUGAGAUGACUCGACGUGACGCCGUGACGCGAGACUCGCUCCCCGCCUGGGCCGCCUAG